CUCAUCCUCCUCUUCCUCUUCCUCUUCCUCUUCCUGUUCCUGUUCCCCCACUUCUAAGGCCACCGCGUCUUGAUGACUCAGCUAUCCACUCCAACCUAAUCCCAAUUCGUCAACUUCCUUCAAAAACCCUAAUCCCCAUUUCAUUUAAUUUCAGGGAAGUUCACCUCUUCCCCUCGCAUGUGCAAGACAAAAAUGGCGACCAACGCCACGGAACCGACUCACCGGUCACCGCGAACUCGCCAGACUCAGACUCCUCGAACGCCAACGACGCGGUCGAGUCAGACCGUGUCCCCGCCCACUUCAACCGCCACAAGCUCCAUCCACACGAUGUCCUCCUCAACAAAUACCAAAGCUUCCUCCAGCACUUCAAUUUCCAGCGGAACCUCGCUCUCGAGCCUCCGCUUCUCCCUCUCUGAAAACCCUCACAUCUACGACAUCACCGAGAUACGCACCGCCACUAACAAUUUCCUCGCCAAGCAUUACUCCUCCUCCGCUUCCACCGCCUGCUGGCGCUGCAAUUUGCGCGGCAAAAACACUAUAGUCUUCCAGAGGAAAUUUCGCAGGAAAAUCGAAACCAACCAGCUCAGAGAAAGAUUAUCGGUGAUAUGCAGGAGUCACCACGGCAGCAUCAUUAGACUCCUCGGCGCUUCUCUAUCCGGCGAUCACAUUUACCUCGUCUACGAAUUCAUCGAAGGAGCCAAUCUCACCGAUUGCUUGAGAAAUUCGAGGAACCCGAAUUUCACCGUUCUUUCUACUUGGAUGUCUCGAAUGCAGAUCGCGACGGAUCUGGCUCACGGCCUGGAUUACAUCCAUAAUAAAACAGGACUGAAUAUAAGCAUAGUUCAUAAUCACAUCAAGAGCAGUAGCAUCAUAGUGACGGAACCUUCCUUCAUUGCGAAGAUUUGCCAUUUUGGCACCUCGCAGUUGUGCGGCGAAACCGACGAGAACGAAAUUGGGAAGGGCAAGAAGGCCGAAACCGGGGAGAUUGUCGAAGUUGACGAAAGAAGCGAAAAAUUGACGAGAUCGAAUAGCGGGAAUAUGCAAUUCGCAGGCGUGAGAGGCUACAUGUCGCCGGAAUUCCAAACCAGCGGCGUCGCGACGCAGAAAUCCGACGUGUACGCCUUCGGGGUUGUAAUCCUCGAGCUGUUAUCCGGCGAGGAGCCUUUCAAAUACCGGUUCGACAAGCGAAGCGGCGAAUUCAUCCGUACAUCGGUGAUAGACACUGCGAGAGCGGCGGUGGACUCCGGCGGGGAAGGACCGAUAAGGAAGUGGGUGGAUAGGAGGCUGAAGGACUCAUUCCCGGUGGAAGUGGCGGAGAAGGUAACACGGUUGGCGCUGGAUUGCGUACACGUGGAUCCAAAUGAGCGGCCAGAUAUGGGACGCGUGGCGGGUAAACUAUCUAAAUUGUAUUUACAAUCGAAUAAAUGGUCGGAAAGUAUGCGGAUCCCGACGGGCAUCUCUGUGUCGUUGGGGCCCCGAUGAGUUGGAUACAUGACUUGGCGGCUGAUUAUUUGGUAGGACAAUUUUUUUUAAAGCUAUCUCAAUUUUAUUGUUUAGUUAGGUAUAAUUGAUUGAGAGCCCGUAGCCCAUUGGUUUUAGGUGUAGCUGUAGCCGUAUAUCAAAAGAGAUUAGGUUACAAUUUUUCCCUCCCUUAAUUGUGUUUGUUUGAUUUUUUUUUUUCAAGUGUAAUUGAUUGAGACGCAACUAAAGAAACUGUAAAUUCUUUU